AUGGCUGACAAUCUGACUAACAAGAGCACUGUAGAUCUCAUCAAGAUUCUCAAAUCCAAAAUUGACUUCAAACGCAUCUCCGCAAGGCGUGUGCGUUGUACCAGGGCUGCGGAUAUGGUGCUGGCCCACGCCUUGAAAUAUAUCGAGCUCUUGUGUGAUGGCCAUAUCACUUCUUACAAUGCAGAGAAACUCACAUAUCGCGAGAUCGUGGCAAAGCUCAGAAGAAAGGAACCAACUGUUCCAUGGCGAAGCCCGAACGCUCGGCGUGAACGUCCCGAUUAUAGACGAUAUGUGAACCAAUCUGCCAUUGAGCUGAUCGAUUACUUCAUCGAGCGCAAUGCAAAAGGUAAGGCUGAGGAUGGUCCUGCGGAAAAACUGAGUAUACAAGAUGAAUUUGUCACAAAAAAAAAUAUUAAAGUGAAGGAAGUCGCGGCUGGUCCAGAUCGUGGUGAACCUGAAGCUGCAACGACUGACAAUCGUGCUAAAUAA